AUGAUCCAGGAUUGUCCGCAGAUUACACCUGGAGGAGCAUCAACGCCAAGCGCUAAACCCAAGAUUGCUGCGAAAGCUAAGGUUUAUGCUUUUACGCCAGGAGAGGUAGACCUAGAAGCUGACGAAACGGCAGAUGCGAGAGUAAUUACUGGUAAAGUUAGAUUGAAGCAGUACGUGGUCUGUGCUUUGUUUGAUUUCGGGGCAUCAAGGUCUUUUAUCUCUAGUAGAUGCGUGCGAUCGUGUGAGCUCGAGGCUGAGCCGAUGUCUCAAAAAGUCUUAGUAGCUAUUCUAGACGGGAAAGUAAUUGGUUGCACAAGUGUAGUUAAGAAUGGCCCGUUGGAAAUCACAAACUUAGUUUUGACCGCAUAUUUGAUUGUCUUCCAUUUGAUGGAAUUCAACCUAAUCCUAGGAAUGAACUGGUUGUCUAGGCAUUAUGCCAAGAUAGACUGUCAAAGGCGGGAAGUGGUAUUCGAUCUACCUGCUCAAGAAAGGAUCUGUUAUAUGGGUGAGGCUAUUCGGCUUGAUCCAUCCGUGGUAAUGCCUGAACAAGUCAAGAAGAGUUUGAUGAAUGGGGACAUCGUUUAUCUAGUGAUGAUGACAAACAUAACAGAAGAACCUAAAUAA